GCGCGACUUCUGUUCUCUAAUCCGGUGUCUUUUUUUCCAGUUUGGCGGAUAUCCAAGUUUUUUGCAGGGUUUUACGAGCUCGAAAAUGGUGGUGAGGCUUCGAUUGUCGAGGUUUGGCUGCAAGAACAAGCCAUUUUACCGGGUAAUGGCUGCCGAUAGCCGAUCUCCAAGGGACGGCAAGCAUCUCGAGGUUCUAGGUUACUAUAAUCCCCUGCCAGGUCAAGAUGGCGGUAAACGAAUGGGUCUUAAUUUUGAAAGGGUGAAGUAUUGGCUUUCAGUUGGAGCUCAGCCCUCAGAACCUGUGCAGCGUAUUCUCUUUAGAGCAGGGGUACUUCCACCACCCCCAAUGGUCGCAAUGGCUCGUAAAGGUGGACCACGUGAUACUCGACCCGUCGAUCCUCUGAGUGGACGCUUUGUGACUCCAGAGAAGCCAACUGAUGAUUCCAGUAGCAAAGAUGGCAACGCCGAUUCAUAAAACAUUUUUUAAGAAAUAUGUCUGGAAUCUUUUAAGUGAAGUUUCCAACUUUGUCCUGUUCUUCAGGUAAUAGAGUUCAAUAAAUCAGUCCAUUUACUUCGAUUGUAAGAUGAGUGGUUUUUGAUGGGGAAUAGGAGAGGUAAAGUAGUUUCAGUUCAUUGUGGAUCAUUAAAGAUGGAGUCUGUAGAUAUCAUCAAUAGCCAAUCCCCAGUGCCAAGUAUAUGGCUGUUGGACUGAGCUACUUAAGUUAAGGUUAGCCAUUACUUUUGAGAAAACAUUCUCGUAUUGUCAAAUUCAACAUGACAUCUCUGUUUUAUUUCUCUUA